AUGUAUCUCCACGCUCCACUUCCUGAAUUGUGUAAAGCUGGGGUAGUCUCGAACCAUGGUGCUGAUUUCAAAUUAACAGUCGACGAUGUCCCCGUCCCAAAACCAGGCCCCGGCCAACUCCUAAUUAAACUCAACGUAACUGGACUAUGCUACAGUGACAUUCAUUACAUGCUAGAAGACCUACCCUUGCCUCGAAUGGGCGACCACGGCGUGCGCUCCCCAGGACAUGAAGGAGCAGGUAUCGUGGUCGCUGUUGGCAGCGACGUGGUGGGGUGGAAGGUUGGUGAUCGGGCGGGUGUUGCGCCUACCUGGGAUACUUGUACUUAUCAAGAGUAUAUUGUUAGCCCGGCACGAUAUACUAGUCGGAUUCCGGACGGCGUUGACGAUUUCUCUGCUGGUCCUAUCAUGUGCAGUGGAUCUACCAUGUCAAGAGCUGCAAGUGGCCCUUUUCAGUUCAACAGAGAUACCAUUCGCUGA